AUGUUGUUAACCUUCGCCAUAUUUUUAUUUUUUUUAUUUCAACAAAUUUUUUGUUUAACAUAUGAAUCAUGUUGUUCAUCUGAUGAUAUCUAUUUUACAAAUAAAACAAUUAGUACUACAACUUUAUCAUGUUCAAAAAAUUAUAUAUUAAAAUUACGUUCAGUAAAUUAUUAUUAUGGAAAUGGUUGUUCUCGAAGUAAUUGUAAACGUCGUUCAACUAAAUAUUAUUUAAUGUGUAAUAAUUUAAAAACAUGUAAAAUAUCAAUUAAAUGUGUCUAUAUGGAUAAUUAUUUAUGUCCCGAGUUAAAAUUAUUACCAAAUACUCGUGCCGAGCAUAUCAUUGUUGAUUAUGACUGUAUUUCAACUGAACUUGAAUCACCAUUAAUUGCUUUUAAUCGUUUUAUAAAAGAACAAAAUUUAACAACAAAUUAUUAUAAACCAAUUCGUUCUCCAUUUUUAGAUGAAUUGAAUAAUACUAGUACAACAACCACUAUACCAACAAUUAACAAUCAACAAAUUGAUAUUUAUAAUGAAAAAGUAUGGAAUGAUUAUAUACUUAAAAAUUAUUUGACAAAACAACGUUCAACAAUAUUAAUUGAUAAACAACAACAACAACAACAACAACAUCGAUCUCUCGUAACUGAUGUACUACUAAUUGUUAUUAUUCUAAUUGUAUUUGCAUUUGUUCUUAUCAUCUGUAUGCUCAUCGGACUUUUACUUUAUAAAAAAAUUUUAUUAUUGAACAAUAAGAAGAAAUGUUUAUUACUUAAACAUCAAUAUCAAUCAUUUUCACCGGGUGAAAAUAUGUACGAUAAUUUAAAUGGGACAAUGAAAGUGGAUAUGAAUGGUACAACAACAGAUGUGUAA